AUUCGAGAAGAAGAAGAAGAACAAUAUCAGACUCAUUUUUGAUUUUCCCGGAAUAAAUUAAUAAAUUCGAAUACUUAUUUCCCAAAAACUUCGGCAGCUUCAAAAUGUCACACAACAAUGAAUCUGCGGGUUAUGAGAUGUUCAUUCCCAGGAUAAACGAUGUGGCCCAAAAGUAUAUUGAAGAUCUGUUGACAGAAAAGGAAAGAUUGCCAAAAGAAUUUCCGCUUUGUGCCCAAGUUAUAGAUGAUGCCAUUGAUCGUAUUUAUGCUACUGGUCGUAUACCCGGCAAAGAGCUACAUGCCGAUGUCUACAAACAGCUGCCUAUGAAAGUUACCCAGAAUGUACAUUUACCGGUUAAACAGUAUCCUAAAUUCAAUUUCAUGGGCAAACUGAUAGGUCCCAGAGGCAGUACCCUGAAGCAAUUGAAUCAGGAGACUUUAUGUCACAUUGGCAUAAAGGGUCGUUCUAGCAUGCGAGACGAGGAGAAAGAGGAGGCAUUGAGACAAUCUGGAAAUCCUGCUUUCAAUCAUCUCAAUAAGAAUUUAUAUGUGGAAAUUAGUACGGUAGCGCCACCUGCGGAGGCUUAUGCUCGCAUAGGCUAUGCCCUGGCUGAAAUUCGUAAGUAUAUAAUACCCGAUAAAAAUGAUGAAAUCUCUCAAGAACAAUACCGUGAACUCCUGGAAAUGCAUCCGGAAUAUGCCAGAAAUAGACCAAUAGCCACACAUAGAUCUGCUUUCAGUAAACUACAAAGUGUAGAGGGAUUCUCAAGAGCAUCUAGAUAUCCUGAGUAUGAGGAAUAUGAAGAUGAAUACGAAACAAUACCUCCGCCACCUCCACCACCAACAAAACAUUACAAUAAUUACAAGACUGCUCCACCCAGACGUCCCGAAGCAUCAGUGUAUCAUGAGAGAAGAGAAUUUCGUUUAAAACCAUAUCCUGGAUAUCCAAGAACUUCCACGUAUAGGAAGUAGCAACUACGCUGUGAUAAUCUACAAAAUGUUAUCAAUAACAUUAUUUAGACUGAUAGCUGUUAAUUGCUAUUAAAUUCCAAAUUCAUUAAAUAAAUGCAACUACCAACCAAAGUUGUUGUAUACAGUUAUACAAAUAAAUCUUAUUAUUAAAUAUUUUAUCAAAAUAAAUCACUACAUUAGCUGCUAAAGACAUGAAUAACCUAAAUAAGAAAUAUUUUAAUAGAUGCCUAAAAACUAUGUACAAUAAACAUAUGUUGUUUUGGUCUGUUCAGUAAAGCUUUACAGCGGGGAGCUAUCGAUAGCAUAAUACAACAGUCGAUAUCUCACAUUUUGUGCUCUACAUAGUAAUAUGCACAAAUAUAAAACAGAUCCAAUCAAUAUAUGAAUAUUGAAAAUAUAACCACAUGAAUUAUAGUCACAAGCCAUGUACAAAUAAAAUAUGUACAAUAUUCUAAAUGUAUAUU